UCAGAGGGCAUUAAUUUUCAUUUUCGGAUUUGAUCAUUGGAGUGAUGUCGAAAUUUUUAUGGAUCGUCUUAUUUUUACAAUAAUUAUGCGGUUUACCGUUACUUUAGAAUUCGGUUAGAUACUCGUAAUUAGAUUAUAGGUGUUUUGUGCAGUUUAACUUUAGUUUAUACAGGCGCGUACCCAUAAUUUUUCGAAGCUUAACAGCCGAGCAACGGGAAAAGUGAGAAACGCUACUUCUUUCCAUCUCCUGACUUUGACAGCGUCGCAACAUCUUGAUUAUUGUUCGUCAACUGACUUCAAGUCCAACAUGUAGCCAGCGCACCGUCAGCUGUUUCAUUCACUUCAGCGUUGCAGUUGCAUUCCCAAGGCGGUUUGUUGUGUGGCGUGGUGUCUGAUUGUGAGUUGGUCCAGUUGGACAAUAUUAUUCCUGUCAGUGUCAUCCCUUUUCGGAGUGCCCCCAGAAACACCUGAGAAUGGCAGUUAGUGUACUUGGAGGAUUCGGAUGCUCCAGGAACGCAUUGAUUGCGCUGAACGUCCUUUACAUAUGUGUGGCUUUCAUCCUGAUUGGAGUGGCCGGGUAUGGGAUCGCCGCCAGCAGUAUAUCCAAUUUCGGUGUAAUUAUUGCCAUCGUCAUGGUGAGCGUCUUCCUCUUCAUCAUCGCCAUCAUCGGGAUUGUGGCGGCCAUGAAGCAUCAUCAGGUUAUGCUCUUCUUUUACAUGGUCAUCCUGUUCCUUCUGUUUAUCGUCCAGUUCAGUGUGGCUUGCGCGUGCUUAGCAGUCGGAGAGCAACAAAUAUACACUCUCAUGAAGGAAGGAUGGAAGAUGUCCAAAAACUCAACGCGGGAUUCCGUAGAGGGGUAUUACGAAUGUUGUGCUUUCGAAAAAGCACCGUCGGACUGGAAUAGAAUUAAAGAUAACCACACGGAAGAGGAAGUGCUUUACUCACGGCGCGGCUGUAGCAAGUUGCAUUGUUGUUCCGGGAAAGAAUCCAUGUGCACGGAACAAACGGAGUGCGAAUUUUGCUACACUAGGUUACAAUCAAUCGUUCAGCCGUCUCUAAGGCUGUGUGGAGGAAUUGGAUUGUUUUUCAGUUUUACUGAGAUUGUUGGAAUAUUUAUUGCGUUAAGGUAUCGCAAUCAGAAAAAUCCCCAUGUUGAUCCUGCCGAUUUCCUAUAGCGAUUUCCGAUUUUCUUUGAUUUCUGGGCCACAUGGCCGGAUACCUUGAUUUCAGUUUUUUUUUGCAUAUUUGUGUUACUCUUUUUGUUGCUGUUUUUAUCUCGUUGAAAUGGAUGAUGAUAGAGAUGUCGCAGAUGUGGCAUCUCAUGGGAUCUGCGGAAAACCCGGAUAACAUUCGGUGAAUGCCUGUUGUACUGAAGUACUGGAUAUAGAUAUCUCAGCCAAACACGUCUCUGAUUACUUCUGAUGCCAAAUUGGAGAAACAUAUUUCCUCUGAUUUUCCGCUGUAUUUUCUAUGCAUGAUUGUACAUGGAGUAAAUCGUGCGCCUUUUAUGAUUUUGAGUUUUGUUACGAAUAUGGAAUGGACAUCUUUGCUUGUUGGUCUGCUGUUGUAAACGGAAAAACUAAAGAUAAUGAACGCAAAGUGUCUGGCAGUAAUGAUCAGAACCAGUUGAGAUAAAGAAAUGCAAUAUUUA